GAUGGCGGCGGCCCCGGCGGCGGGAGAGACCUGGGCGACAGCUGCGGCUGAAGCUGCAGCCGGGCCCGCGGGGGUGCUGCCUGGCGGCAGUGGGGGGCGGGCCUGAGCUGGGGCCGGGCCCCGGCCGGGCUCCCCCGCCGCUCACCGGGAGCAGGUCCAGCCUGUGGUGUCCACAAUGCCCCAGGCCUCUGAGCACCGUCUGGGCCGGGCCCGAGAGCCACCCGUUAAUGUCCAGCCCCGAGUGGGAUCCAAACUACCGUUUGCCUCCCGGGCCCGCAGCAAGGAGCGCCGAAACCCAGCCCCUGGGCCGAACCCCAUGUUACGGCCUCUGCCUCCCCGGCCAGGUCCCCCUGAGGAACGGCUCAAGAAACUGGAGCUGGGCCGGGCUCGGACCUCCGGCCCUCGUUCCCGAGGCCCCCUUCGAGCCGAUCACGGCCUUCCCCUGCCUGGCUCUCCACCCCCAGCGGUGGCUCUGCCCGCUUCCAGGACCAGCCUGGCCCGUUCCAAAUCUGUGAGCAGUGGGGACUUGCGUCCGAUGGGAAUUGCCUUGGGAGGGCACCGAGGCCCCGGAGAGCUCGGGGCUGCCCUGAGCCGCCUGGCACUCAGGCCUGAGCCACCCACUUUGAGACGUAGCGCCUCUCUCCGCCGCCUUGGGGGCUUUCCUGGGCCUCCCACCUUGCUCAGCAUACGGACGGAGCCCCCUGCUCCCCAUGGCACCUUCCACGUGAUAUCUGCGCGGCCCUCGGAGCCCUUCUACUCCGAUAACAAGAUGGCUCACCACACACUGCUGCUGGGCUCGGGGCACGUUGGCCUCCGAAACCUGGGCAACACGUGCUUCCUGAACGCCGUGCUGCAGUGUCUGAGCAGCACCCGGCCGCUCCGGGACUUCUGUCUGCGCAGGGACUUCCGGCAAGAGGUGCCUGGAGGGGGCCGAGCCCAAGAGCUCACUGAAGCCUUUGCAGAUGUGAUUGGUGCCCUGUGGCACCCUGACUCCUGUGAAGCUGUGAACCCCACCCGAUUCCGAGCUGUCUUCCAGAAAUAUGUUCCUUCUUUCUCUGGAUACAGCCAGCAAGAUGCCCAGGAGUUUCUGAAGCUCCUCAUGGAGCGGCUGCACCUUGAGAUCAACCGACGAGGCCGCCGGGCCCCACCGAUCCUGGCCAGCAGCCCAGCCCCCUCUGCACCGCGCCGCGGCGGCGCUCUGCUGGAGGAGCCUGACCUGAGUGACGAUGACCGGGCCAACCUAAUGUGGAAGCGUUACCUGGAGCGAGAGGACAGCAAGAUUGUGGACCUGUUUGUGGGACAGUUGAAAAGUUGUCUGAAGUGCCAGGCCUGUGGGUAUCGCUCCACGACCUUCGAGGUUUUUUGUGACCUGUCCCUGCCCAUCCCCAAGAAAGGGUUUGCUGGGGGCAAGGUGUCGCUGCGGGACUGCUUCAGCCUCUUCACCAAGGAGGAAGAGCUUGAGUCGGAAAAUGCCCCAGUGUGUGACCGGUGUCGGCAGAAAACACGAAGUACCAAAAAGUUGACAGUACAAAGAUUCCCCCGAAUCCUCGUGCUCCAUCUCAACCGAUUUUCCACCUCCCGAGGCUCCAUCAAGAAAAGUUCCGUAGGUGUAGACUUCCCACUGCAGCGACUGAGCCUAGGGGACUUCGCCAGUGACAAAGCCGGAAGCCCCACGUAUCAGCUGUACGCCCUUUGCAACCACUCGGGCAGCGUCCACUACGGCCACUACACAGCCCUGUGCCGGUGCCAGACCGGCUGGCACGUCUACAACGACUCUCGCGUCUCCCCGGUCAGUGAGAACCAGGUGGCGUCCAGUGAGGGCUACGUGCUCUUCUACCAGCUGACGCAGGAGCCGCCCCGGGGCCUGUGAGGCCCUCCAAACCCUGGCACCUGUGAAACCGUUCGAGAUCUUUCGGCCCCAGGCUCCCGCUUACCUCAGAGACGUCUAUUUUUGUGUCUUUUUAAUGGGAAGGGGGGGGGUGGUUGUAGCUCCCAUUAUUUUUUUUAUUGAAAAGUACCCUUCCACCUGGAGGUCCCGUUGUCUCUCAGCCCCAUGUACAGAGGUCCCCAGGCCGCCCCCGCCGUGUACAGCCCCCAACUAUACAAUUUCACUUUUUGUGAAUAAAUUUAUUAAGAAAAA